GCUGUUGCUCGGCAGACGCAGGGGGCUCUGGGCACUACCAGCUGUGUUAAGAGAUUCGCGGUGGGUUUUCUCUGGGCCCCCGAACACUCCCGCCCGCCAAGAGCUGCCUGCAGGGUUGUAAGGCAGAAGCCCCUAACGCAAGGUUGCGGUCCUUCUUCCUCCUCCUCGCGCUCGCGGCUUAGGGUCAGUUUCCGCGACUCUUCAGUCUAUCUGAGUGGGCGCCUGUGCUGGGGUCCCGCCCCAGGAAAGGAGAGGGGCCGCACGGAGAACGUCACCGCGCGUACCAGACCGCACAGGCACUUUGCACGGGCCAGCUGCGCGUCGGUCUGGAGGUAGCGCGCCCCGGCCCCAGCCCAGGCAGCUGCGGCGAAGGCGGCGGCAGCAGGGGCCCCGGGGCCGGCGCCGCAGACGGGAUGGAAGAACCGGGGCGAAACGCGUCCCAGAAUGGGACCUUGAGUGAGGGCCAGGGCAGCGCCAUCCUCAUCUCUUUCAUCUACUCCGUGGUGUGCCUGGUGGGGCUCUGUGGGAACUCCAUGGUCAUCUACGUGAUCCUGCGCUACGCCAAGAUGAAGACGGCCACCAACAUCUACAUCCUCAACCUGGCCAUCGCCGAUGAGCUGCUCAUGCUCAGCGUGCCCUUCCUGGUCACCUCCACGUUGCUUCGCCACUGGCCCUUCGGCGCGCUGCUCUGCCGCCUCGUGCUCAGCGUGGACGCGGUCAACAUGUUCACCAGCAUUUACUGUCUGACUGUGCUGAGCGUGGACCGCUACGUGGCCGUGGUGCACCCCAUCAAGGCCGCACGCUACCGCCGGCCCACCGUGGCCAAGGUGGUGAAUCUGGGCGUGUGGGUGCUGUCGCUGCUCGUCAUUCUGCCCAUCGUGGUCUUCUCGCGCACGGCGGCCAACAGCGACGGCACGGUGGCCUGCAACAUGCUCAUGCCCGAGCCGGCGCAGCGCUGGCUGGUGGGCUUCGUGCUGUACACUUUCCUCAUGGGCUUCCUGCUGCCCGUCGGGGCCAUCUGCCUGUGCUACGUGCUCAUCAUCGCCAAGAUGCGCAUGGUGGCCCUCAAGGCCGGCUGGCAGCAGCGCAAGCGCUCGGAGCGCAAGAUCACCCUGAUGGUGAUGAUGGUGGUGAUGGUGUUUGUCAUCUGCUGGAUGCCUUUCUAUGUGGUGCAGCUGGUCAACGUGUUCGCGGAGCAGGACGACGCCACGGUGAGCCAGCUGUCGGUCAUCCUCGGCUACGCCAACAGCUGCGCCAACCCCAUCCUCUACGGCUUCCUCUCAGACAACUUCAAGCGCUCUUUCCAGCGCAUCCUUUGCCUCAGCUGGAUGGACAACGCCGCCGAGGAGCCGGUCGACUACUACGCCACGGCCCUCAAGAGCCGCGCCUACAGCGUGGAGGACUUCCAGCCCGAGAACCUGGAGUCCGGCGGCGUCUUCCGUAAUGGCACCUGCACGUCCAGGAUCACGACCCUCUGA